GAGAGAAGAAGGAGAGGGGGAGAGCGACAUUGAGUCAGACAGAGAGAGAGAGAGAGAGAGCGAGCGCGAGAGAGGAAAGGAGAGCUAGAGAGAGAGAGAGAGAGCAAGAGAGAGAGCGAGCACCUUGUCGCCUGGAGGCGAUCCUAUGAUAGUUUUGUCCCUGUCCGGUAGACCGACUCAGUCUGCCACCAGGCGCGCGGCUUCCCUCUCCUCUCUCGCGGAUUCGAGGGAGAAUCUCCUCAAAUGGAAGGGAAAUCGAUGAGCCGCGCGCGGCACUGUUGCCACGGAACCACAGGAUGCGCGUGAGGUCGCUGGAGAGAGUGAUGACGCGGCAGUGAGAGACACACAUACCUCACUUGCACACACAUACACACACACGCAUAUUUUUUACCCACACACACUUUAAGUCUUGCCCUACUAAGAAAGGGAGGAGGGGGAGAAAAUACUGCUAUGACGGUGUCAUUUCUCUCCAUUACCAGUGUGUGAGCCACACACACACACACACACACACACACUCACACUCGUACUCCUUGGGGAGUUGCCUGCAUGGGGGAUAAGGCCCUAUCUAGGGCACAAAGAUGGAGUUCACAUCCGAUUUGUCACAUAUCUAACACUCACACAGACGUUCACGCAAGCACACACACCUGGAAUCUCGUAUGUCAGAAGAUAAGAAUAAAGACUGAAUGGAGAGGAGGCACUGAACAUCUCAGAGAGGACACAAACAAGAGGCCAAGAGAAAAAAAGAUGUCCAAAGUGUACUGAAAGGACGGAGGGAGCUGCUGUUUGAUCCCCCCCUCCCUCUGCUGGAGCUGAAUCCUAUAGGAGCCAAUCUUUGAAAAGAGCACUUGCAAGAAAGAAGGGUCACCUGAGAAACCUAUAAAGAGUUCUUCAAAGUGCCCUACAGUUGUCACCAUGAGCUGUAGGCUAGAGGGAACACCCCAGCUCUAGCCACUAUCUCCUCCUGUGUGUGUGUGAGUGUGAGCGUGAGUGUGUGUAUGAGUGUAAUGGCGGUUUGUGUUUGGGCGGCAGCCCCACUGCUCUUCCUGGGGCUGUGCCUGUGCAGCGUGGGGGGCCAAGCCCAAGGUGAGGUCCUGGAGUUUGGAGGCGUUUCCAGCCAGUGGGGGCGGUUCCCAGUAUGGAACGCUUGCUGCGAAAGUGUGCUGAGCUUCAGCCUGCGGACUCACAGCCAGGAGGGCCUGCUGCUCUACCUGGAUGACGAGGGCUUCUGCGACUUUCUGGAGCUGCUGCUUCUCCACGGCCACCUUCGGCUGCGCUUCUCCAUCUUCUGUGCUGAGCCGGCCGAGCUGCAGUCAGGUGUGGCGGUGAGUGAUGGGCGGUGGCACGCAGUGCGUGUCAGGCGGGAUUGGAGGAACACCUCAUUGGAGGUGGACGGGCGAUUGGAGGGAUGGGCGGAAGUGAAGAGUAAGAGAAGAGACAUGACAGUAUUCAGUCAUACCUUCAUGGGCGGGGUAAGCCCAGAUCUCCACUCUUCGCCCCUCCGCCUCACCUCUCCUUCAGUACGGGAACACCCUGCAUUCCGUGGCUGGAUCACGGCAGUGAGCAUCAACGGCACACUGGUGGCACUGGAUGGCUCGGAGGGCAUCACAGUAACAGCUGGCUGUGGGCCAGACCAUCAGUGUCAGAACGGAGGGGUGUGCAAUGUGGUCAACGACCAGGCUGUCUGUGACUGCUCCGACACCGGCUACCAAGGCAAUGACUGCAGCGAAGAGCACAGCUACACUCCAGGUCUGGCACACCUGAUGAUUGGCGACCAAGGAAAGCUCAAAGCUCGCGAGGAGUACGUCGCCACCUUCAAGGGUUCAGAGUACUUUUGCUACGACCUGUCGCCCAACCCCAUCCAGUCUAGCAGCGAUGAAAUAACGCUCUCCUUCAAGACACUGCAGCGCAAUGGCCUCAUGCUGCACACCGGCAAGUCAGCUGACUACGUCAACCUGGCACUCAAGAAUGGGGCAGUGUCACUUGUCAUCAACCUCGGCUCUGGGGCCUUCGAGGCCUUGGUGGAGCCUGUCAACGGAAAGUUCAACGACAACGCUUGGCAUGACGUCAAGGUCACCCGCAACCUGAGACAGGUGACCAUCUCUGUGGACGGCAUCCUGACCACCACGGGGUACACACAGGAGGACUACACCAUGCUGGGCUCUGAUGACUUCUUCUACGUGGGAGGAAGCCCCAGCACCGCUGACCUACCUGGUUCUCCAGUCAGCAAUAACUUCAUGGGAUGUCUGAAAGAGGUGGUGUACAAGAACAAUGAUGUACGGUUGGAGCUGUCUAGACUGGCUAAACAGGGGGACCCCAAGAUGAAGGUAAGUGGGGUGGUGUCCUUUAAGUGUGAGAGUGUAGCAACGCUAGACCCCGUGACCUUUGACACCCCAGAGUCCUACGUGGCGCUGAGCAAGUGGACAGCGAAGAAGGCGGGAUCCAUCUCGUUUGACUUCAGGACGACGGAACCCAAUGGGCUGAUGCUUUUCAGCCACGGCAAACCCAGGCAGCAGCAACGCAAGGAUCCGCGCACUCCUCCUACUGUCAAGGUGGAUUUUUUUGCCAUUGAGAUGCUGGAUGGACACCUGUACUUGCUGCUGGACAUGGGCUCAGGAACCACCAAGACCAAGGCCAUCGACAGAAAGGUCAAUGACGGAGAAUGGUACCAUGUUGACUUCCAGAGAGACGGACGCUCAGGAACCAUUUCGGUGAACAGCGUAAGAACGGCAUACACGGCCCCGGGAGACAGUGAAAUCCUAGACCUGGAUGACACCUUGUACCUCGGAGGUUUACCUGAGGAUCGCGCUGGACUCAUCUUCCCAACAGAGGUGUGGACGGCGCUGUUGAACUACGGUUACGUAGGCUGCAUCAGAGACUUGUUUGUGGAUGGGCAGAGCAAAGACAUCCGGCGGCUGGCUGAGGCCCAGAGGGCAGUGGGAGUGAAGCCCUCAUGCUCCAGAGAGCCGCCCAAACAGUGCCUAUCCAACCCCUGUCAGCACAACGGUAUCUGCCGGGAGGGCUGGAAUCGCUAUGUAUGUGACUGCUCUGGGACGGGCUACCUGGGACGCUCCUGUGAGAGAGAUGCAACUAUCCUGUCAUACGACGGCAGUAAGUUUAUGAAGGUGCAGCUGCCUGUGGUGAUGCACACCGAGGCGGAGGACGUCUCGCUACGCUUUCGCUCCCAGCGGGCCUAUGGCGUUCUCAUGGCAACCACUUCCCGUAACUCCGCAGAUACCCUUCGUCUAGAGCUGGAUGGAGCCCGUGUCCGACUCACUGUCAACCUAGACUGUAUCAGGAUAAACUGUACAGCCAGUAAAGGCCCAGAGACCAUCUUUGCUGGGUCAAGCCUCAAUGAUAAUGAGUGGCACACGGUGAGGGUAGUCCGGCGUGGCAAGAGCCUCAAACUCACCGUGGACGACCUGCAGCCUGUUGAAGGUCAGAUGGCGGGUGACCACACCCAGCUGGAGUUCCAUAAUGUAGAGACGGGCAUCGUGACUGAGAAGCGCUUCAUGCCUGCCGUGCCCUCCAAUUUCAUCGGACACCUUCAGGGCCUGACGCUGAAUGGCAUGCCGUACAUCGACCUGUGCAAGAACGGUGACAUCGACUACUGUGAGCUCAAUGCUGUUAUCGGUUAUAAGAGCAUUGUGGCCGACCCCGUCACCUUCCGGUCCCGCUCCAGUUUUGUCACCCUGCCCACUCUGCAGGCCUAUUACUCCAUGCAUCUCUUCAUGCAGUUCAAGACGACGUCCCCAGACGGUCUUAUUCUUUUCAACAGAGGAGAUGGCAAUGACUUCAUAGUGAUAGAGCUGGUUAAAGGCUACCUUCAUUACAUCUCUGACUUGGGCAAUGGAGCACACCUGAUCAAGGGCAACUCCAACAGUCCUCUUAAUGACAACCACUGGCACAAUGUGCACAUAUCCAGAGACACUAACAAUCUCCACACAGUCAAGAUUGACACCAAAGUCACAACGCAGACCACCAUGGGUGCCAAAAACCUCGACCUAAAGGGUGAUCUGUACAUCGGGGGUGUUUCCAAAGAGAUGUACCGAGACCUGCCUAAGCUGGUCCACUCCCGCGAGGGGUUUCAGGGUUGCUUAGCAACAGUCGAUCUAAAUGGACGGCUCCCGGACCUUUUGGCUGAUGCCUUGGCAACCAUGGGACAAGUGGAGAGGGGUUGUGAAGGUCCCAGCACUACCUGCCAAGAAGACUCCUGCUCAAAUCAGGGAGUUUGUUUGCAGCAGUGGGAGGGCUUCACUUGUGACUGCAGCAUGACAUCGUACGCCGGGCCACUAUGUAACGAUGCUGGAACUACUUACAUCUUUGGCCGUGAUGGAGGCUUGGUGAUUUACACGUGGCCCCCUAAUGAGCGUCCCAGCACCAGGGCAGACCGGCUUGCCCUCGGGUUCAGCACUCAACAGAAACAUGCCAUUCUGCUUCGGGUGGACAGUGCAUCCGGCCUGGGAGACUACCUUCAGCUGCAGAUAGACAAAGGCAACAUUAGAGUAGUGUUUAAUGUCGGCACUGAUGAUAUCAACAUCGAGGAGAGCUCCAAGUUUGUCAACGAUGGGAAGUACCACGUAAUUCGGUUCACUCGCAGUGGUGGCAAUGCGACCCUCCAGCUGGACGACCUGCCGGUCAUAGAGCGUUAUCCCUCAGGCAACAUUGAUAACGAGCGCCUGGCCAUCGCCAGACAGCGAAUCCCCUAUCGGCUCGGUCGAGUAGUUGACGAUUGGCUACUCGACAAAGGCCGCCAGUUGACCAUCUUCAACAGCCAGACAACAGUGCGCGUUGGUGGAGGCGAGCGAGGUGCAGCCAUGUUCCAGGGACAGCUGUCUGGCCUUUACUAUAACGGCCUCCGCAUCCUCAACAUGGCCGCUGAGGGGCACCCGCACAUCAGAGUGGAGGGCAGCGCACGUCUUGUCGGCGAUAUGCCAUCCUCCUCAAUCACCCCGCAGUCCAGUGCUGCGGCCGGAGGCAACCGUUCAGACUCCGCCCCCUCCAUCAGUGACAUCACAACCACUACAGCCACUAACAGGAAGCAGGGUGCAACACAGCAGUCAACAGACGACCUGCUGGUGGCAUCAGCCGAGUGCCCAACCGACGAUGAAGACAUUGACCCCUGUGACCCCAGUUCAGCCCGCCCUCCCCUGCCAGAGGUGAAGAUAUUCCCGGGUCCGUCUGAGGUGGUGCGGGAAAGCAGCAGCACUACGGGCAUGGUGGUGGGCAUUGUAGCAGCCGCCGCCCUCUGCAUCCUCAUCCUUCUCUACGCCAUGUACAAGUAUCGCAACCGCGACGAAGGCUCCUACCACGUGGACGAGAGCCGCAACUACAUCAGCAACUCAGCCACACAGCCCAAUGGCAGCGCCAAGGACAAGCCGCUGGGCAUUGCCAAGAUCUCCAAAAACAAGAAGAACAAAGACAAGGAGUACUAUGUCUGAGGCAGAUGACUUCUGACGCACAGACAUAUACGCAUACACCUUUAUAUAUAACGGUAUAUGUACAUAAAUAGAUAUAUUCUCAAAAAGAAAAAAAUGCACACAAACACAUGACAUAGACAUGCUGAUCUUAAUGUUUACUCUCCAAUAAUAGACACCUGCACACAUGCUGGCAAGCACAAACAUACACACAAACAAGUUGACACACACACACACUCAAGCACAAACAUACACACAGACUGGCCUGAGGGCAUGAGCCCUUACUGUACAGUAUUUACCAAUGAGCAGAGCCUCUGUGAGAGGCUUCUUUUACGAACAUAAACACCAUUCCAAAUGAUUUAGAAAGCACCAGUUCAACUCCCAGUUAAGAACCAUUUUGGGUCAGCCUGAUUAAAAAAAAAACAAGAGAGACUCCCCUGCCACAGUCGGACCUCUCCAGUUGGACUCAGAGAGGUCAAGGAAGACUUUAAGUGAAGCACAUGGCAGACAGAGUGUUUGCGUGAGAGGCAGAGCACAAGAACAAAGCUGUAAAAGCACCAAGACAAGCACCAAGUGUCUCUUCCAAGCUUCUUGGCCUUCCUCCCUGUUAACAGACGGGGCUCGAAGAAUCACUGAGGAUGCUGAGGAAACAAGCACACCAAUGGUCCAAGUCUACCCCAGACAGCACAACAGGAAUGCAGGGUGUAGCCAGAGAGACAGUGAGUUACGAGUGAAUAGGCAGCGGCAGGUCUGGUGCACCAUUAAUAUAAUGGAUGGGAUGUGGUUGUUACGCUGCAGCGCUGCUGUUUUAUGGCGCCUUGAAAAAUCACAGAACAGUGCAAUCAGUGAAAAACUGAAAGAUAUUUUCCUGGACAGGAGACUUCAGAUGCUACCUACAGACACCAGUUGUGCGUGGCUGUGGUGUCUCACACACACACGCAUAUGCUGCACACACACACACACACGCUCGCUACACACGCAGACAUACACUUACCUGCAAUGCUAAAGACGCACCAUAUCUUCAUAACUGACAUUGAAGACUAUACAAGAAGACAUUGGUGAAAAAGACAAAGCUCAUAAUGAAAACUGUUAUGGCAACGAUAAAGAUGAAUAUGAGGAACAUUUGGGCAGUAUAGACUCUGGGGAAGGGAGGGGGGAUCUUAUUGCACGUGAAUUAUCUUACUCCGUGUGAUUUAUACCGCGUUGAAACUCCAGAGGUUACACCGUGACGCACCACCAUCAUAAACUUACCACCUUGGCUUGAAGUAUUUCUGAGUACGCGCUUCAAAUGGUUUUUCAGUCUGUGGGAUUCAACAAUGAUUUCAAUCGCCAAACCGACUCUCAGAUCAAAUCUUCAUCGACAAAGUGUGACCAUCCCGAGUGUGCUGCAUGCCCGAGCUGUGCUGUGGAGUGGUGGCGUGUCCCACUAAGUCCAAAGGUGGUAGGUUUGUCUGUGGAGAAAGGAGGAGAGUGUCGUGGGUUGCCGUUGGACGCGCGCAGCCCAUGAUUGGCCACGUCCUGUUUCUUAGCCUGAUGUCUUACAGGCCACGCCCACUAUACCUACACUAACCAACCACCUUUCAUAGCAAAAACCAGCUGAGGAAAAGAAAAACAGAACAAAGUAAAUGUUACCAUGUGUUGCUAAUAGAUAGAAAAGUCCAGUUCUUGAUGCCAUUGGCUAUAUGACAACUUGAGUUGCUUUGAUUUCAUUGGCUCUCCCUUUUUCUGUCUUUCUCCUUGCAUCCUCAUGUAUUAAUUGCUGUUGGUUGACGGAUUAAUCGAUGCUCAUGCCAUGACCAAUACUGGACAGACAGAUGGGUUUCUUAUGGGAGAUGGUCAAUUAUCUGUUUAUGGACUUUUACAGUGUCUGAGCCCUCUGCAACUCAAUAAGUGUAGCCCCACAAGAUACAAACAGUGCCAUGACACGAACAAGUCCCUCCAGUUCUUCCAAGCAAUGUAACUAACCAGUCGGAUGCAUGCAAAACAGACCAGGGUAAGGAAGGACAUGAAACAGACUGUGUGUGAGAUUUCAAAGUAUAAAUGUCAAAAUUAACAUUUUCCCUUAUUCUCUCCAUCCUUAACUGGCCUUUUUGAUCUGCCUCUUUCUUGUUUACUACAUUCCCCUCUCCUCCAUGUCUGGCGCUUUUCCUUUACCUCUAUCUCUGUUGUGUUGCCAUCUGAAAACAAAGGAGGCGUCUCAACCAAUGGGAUUAUUCUACAUCUAGGUGUUCAUUAACCAUGUUUAUUUUCUAUAUGUACAAUUUUUCUACAGUAUUUACUUUUAUUUUUAUUGUUACGGUUCUUUGAUGAACAUAAAGUGGAAAUUUAUUAUGAAAAAUAGUUUUGAAGAUUAAUGAGUAAAUAAAAUAUUACCCAAGUGAGA